AUGGCGGUAUCACAUGAGAACCAGGUUGUCCAACGGAAAGAACGUGAGGCUCGGAAGCAGGCUACUGCCAUUAAUCCCUCUUUGCCAGUGCCAUCUUCCUCUCGGUCAACUCGUUUUCCGGCGUCGUCACAAGUCCAAGAUUUGCAUGCAAUUUCUCCGCCGAGGCCAUACUAUGGAACUAGUCCGAGAGUGCCCGAAUCUCCUCUGUUGCACUCGCAAUUCCGUAAUUCGACAGCUAGCAAUGCUGACUAUCUUAACAGAAAGUCGUUUCUGUCGUUGACGGACGAACCAAAUGGAUAUUAUGACGAGCUUGAAUCAUAUUACGAAGAGAAUAGCAUGUAUUCACUGCGGCAAAGUCACACCCCCGGCGCUUCUACAGACAGCCACCGUGCUUGGCAUACCACCCUAGAACCUACCAGUGGUUCCACAGAUGUGUUGAACAUACAAUCCUCGAUUCAUGACAUGCAUCUGUCAAACUCAAGCACUCCCGUUCCAACCGUCGUGGUUUCCAAGCCCCAGGAUGUCGACAAGCAGGUCGCCACUAAUGAGCCAAAACUUGGCGGAAAGUCACCCAUAGUUGACCCUACUCCCCGCAUAAACUUUUCCAGGCCAGGAAGACCACCAAUAAUCUCUUCUGAAGAACAGAAACGCCAGGUUCUUGAACGAAAUUCACGAAGAACCCGUUCUCCAUUGACCGCUCAUACCCCCCUUUCGUUUGUUCCAAUUACGCCCCAGACGGGCGGUCCUAUCUUCAACCAAACUAUGCUGUUUCUUCCCCGACCCUCUCAUCCUCCUCUCAUGUACACCACCCCUCUCACCCCCCGUCUUGAUGGCUCUCCAUCCCCAACUGGCAAUUCAAAUUUUCCUACCCAAUCAUCUUCCUCGCCGGGCAACCGUUCACCUUCUACCGAGCCUUCAACUCCACAAGAAUAUCUCCAGCUAGGAAUACAAUACCACGAGGCCAACAAACUACAAGAUAGCGCAUUUUACUUCGAGAAAAGUGCAAAAGAACAAGGUGGCUGUGGGACAGGGAUGCUCUUGUGGGGAUUGACGCUGAGGCAUGGGUGGGGAUGCGAGAAGAACGAGAAAAGUGGUUUCAAGUGGCUCACAAAGGCCGCGGAAAGCGCUGUGGAUGAUCUGGGCAAGGCGAGAGAAGGCAUGGACGUGAAGGCUGUUAGAUCGGAGCUUGUGCUAGCGAUUUAUGAGGUUGGGCAAUGCUUCUUUCAUGGCUGGGGCGUAGCUAAGGACUACAAGAUGGCAGUCAGUUACUAUCGAGUUGCUGCCAACCUCGGCGACGGGGAUGCACAAGAAGAUCUCGCUUUUUGCCUAGCCAAUGGCAAAGGGUGCAAAAAGGAUAAGAAAAAAGCCGCUAAGUGGUAUCGCGCUGCUGUCGCACAAGGUGCCAGCGACGUAGGGAUGGCGUGGAUCUACAAGGACAAAUACAAAGGCUAG